UCCCCUCCCUCAAACGCCCCAUGGUCACUGCGUUCAGAAGAAAGUGUGUGCGUCGCCGCGCCUCUUAGCGCGCUCUCCAAGAAACACUAAAAUACCGGAGUGCGCUCUUCCAGACAUCACUGAGACUGCUGCAGAGAUGCUUGGAUGAUGUACUCCAUCAUAUAUAACACAUAAACCAGACUAUAUGCCACAAACCGACGCUUCGACGACUGUUUUUGGACUUUUAAACUAGAUCCAUGGAAACGCACAAGUGAGCUUGGACCCUUUGGAAGAUUUAAAACAACAAUACGCGUUACACACGCCACAGAAAACUCGACAUGAAUGUUUCCCACGGACUACUGAACCGGACGAUGUCUACAGCGAAGCAGCCUUUGGAAAGCGUUCGAGGAUGCUGCAGUAACUUCUCGGUGAUCACGAGCGACGGGCUCGGGUCACCGAUUCAAGACGAGCGCGAUCAGUUCAUCAUGCGUUUGGUGCAGAUUGCGGUUCUCUGUGUGCUGUCACUGACGGUCAUUUUCGGCAUAUUUUUCCUCGGGUGCAAUCUACUCAUCAAGUCUGAGAGUAUGAUAAAUCUGCUGGUGGAAGACAGAAGACCUUCCAAAGAUGCGGAUAUUAUGAUUGCUGCAUAAAUCGGACACAAACUGCAAUCUCUCAUGAACGACACCUGUUGCUAUGAUUCUCAUGCCAACGAUGAACUAAAUUGAUUUUUAUAUAUUUCAUCUUGGACCUGAAACAACAAGAGCAGAGAAAGAUAACCGGACAAAUUCAUUAAUCCAGGACAGAUCAUUUGAAAUUAAGAAUUUGGCAUUUGUUUUGUAUUUCUAUUGGCUGAAUUGAUUCAUGUGACGCGUUGAAAUGAUUCAAGAAUUUCUUGAUGUGUUAAAGAAAGAUUGUGUUAACUUGCAUGCAUAAUGGAUUAAAAGGAUAUAGAGAACUCUAAAAA